AUGUCUUCAUUCCAGCUAGAUACAGCGGACCAUUUGGUGCGCGCCGCGCACCGCCGCUACAUCCCUCAUGAUAUCGACACCUGCAUGGAAUACGGCUUCGUAUACGCUGCGAAAAUAGGCGGCGUGCACGCACUCCUCGAUUUCUGGGUUGAAUUCAUCGUCGAAUUGGAGAUUCCCGCAAAGGCACUUCGUUAUUGGCGGCAAGCUCGAAUCUUGUGCCAAGUAAUCGAGUUGGGUUACGCAAAGUCGGGUCGUGCCAGCAGAAGUCAAGCCUUCAGGUGGUUCCAGGGGCACCGAUGGAUAAUUGAACCGUCACUGGGGGUUCCCCAGGCUGUCGAAGAGGGUGAACAGGCCACUAUUGCGCGCUUCAGUCAUUGGACUGGAGUUCCGGACGCUACUCGCCCCGACAUGGACGAAAUCAUGGAGACGUGGCCAGCGGCGAAGGCACUCUGCUUCAACCUGUGUGAACAUAUCUUCUGCCAUAUCGCAGUCAUACCUCCAACAGAUAUCUGGGUCCAUUUUGGGUUCUGCGUCUGCAGAAAUAACGACGAGGAGAAGCAGCUCAAGGCCAUCUACGAGCACCUCUUCCAACUGUACACAUUCGAAGAAUUCUGGCUCGCCUACGACGACGGCAAGCUUUGGUUCCUCGUCGAUUCCUCACUGCCGGUUCAUGGGUGGCACAGACGCACGGAGCUGCUGGGCAUCUUGCAAGCCCCUCCGUUUUGCGGCUGCUCACAGAUAGCCUGGCUCCUCAAGGGCAUUGUCCUGGUUGACUCCGACACGUUUAUCGUCCAUGAGAAGCAUCAUCCGUUAACAUUGAUGUAUGGGUUCUCCAACGCGCGGUCGAUCGCUGACGUCAAGGAGCUCAAGAGGUUGUACAGACGACUGCUCUUAGAUGCCAACGUCUGUCCGCUGCAACUACACGAAGUGGCUAACGCAGACGAACUGUACGGUUUCGCCAAUUCCACCCUCGGAUUCGGGAGCGCCGAAAAGGUGCUGUUCAGGUGGCUGCUACGGGGGAAAUUGUGGAGUAUGGGCCCCGAGCAGGCUUAUAGCUAUAAUCGAUGUCGUUGA